AAGUGGUGUUGUGACCAAUCAGUUCUAGAGCCUCGAGCUGAAGGGUAUAAAUUUGAGGCGGUUGCCGUAGAGACGUCUGCUACUGAAGAGUUGAACGCAAGAGCCCGUGAUAUCUUGGAAGGAAAGCGUGUGAUGAGCACUAAGUUGCAGCAAAGCAUACUUCAGACAGUUUCCUCGUUCUUGGCCUUUGGACAACACAAUGUCUGAUGUGAAAGCCUGUCCCAAUGUGAGUGGAAAUCCUCCUCCACCAGAGGUCUUAAAUCCCAAAAAGCCUGGACGCGUAACCAAUCAACUACAGUAUCUCGACAAGGUGGUAAUCAAAGCUUUAUGGAGGCAUCACUUUUCUUGGCCCUUUCGCCAGCCUGUCGAUGCAGUAGCACUGCGGCUCCCAGACUAUUAUUCAAUUGUUACAAAUCCUAUGGAUCUGGGCACUAUUAAGAAGCGUCUUCAGAACAAAUAUUACUGCCAAUCGCUUGAGUGUAUACAAGACUUCAACAGCAUGUUUACCAACUGCUACAUGUACAACCGGCCUGGAGAUGACAUUGUUUUUAUGGCACAGAGUCUGGAGAAGCUUUUUUUGCAGAAGGUGUCCCAGAUGCCUAAGGAAGAGUUGGAAGUUACAGCAGUCACUACAACAGAACCAGUGAAAGUGAGAAAGACGAAUGCAGGUGCAUUAAAGCAGAGAUCCCUUGUGUCAGAAGUUGUUCUCCAACAGACAGUGACCGUCAUCCCUCCUGCUGUGCCACAGUUCAUCCCACCCUUACAGCUCUCUGCACAAUUUGAUGCAACAAUUAAAAAAGGUUUUAAGAGGAAAGCCAACCCCACACCCUCCACCACCUCAGAGAUCCCCCCCAUUGAGGCGUCCCCUGCUGAGGACCAUUCAGCACCUUGUACUUUGUCCUCUAGAAGAGGCUGUGGCCGGCCCAUUAAACCUCCUAAGAAAGACUUGCCUGCGUUUGAUGGAAAGAAGGGCAGACUGUCUGAGCAGCUCAGGUACUGCAGUGACAUCCUGAAGGAGAUGCUCUCAAAGAGGCACUAUGCAUAUGCAUGGCCCUUUUAUACCCCUGUUGAUGCGGUUGCUUUGGGCUUGCACGACUACCAUGACAUCAUCAAGCAGCCUAUGGACCUGAGCACCAUCAGGAAAAAAAUGGAUCAACGUCGGUAUGCAAAUGCAAAGGAAUUUGCUGCUGAUGUGCGACUGAUGUUCUCCAACUGUUACAAGUACAAUCCACCUUCACAUGAGGUGGUCUACAUGGCGAGAAAGCUCCAGGAAAUUUUCGAGGCUCGUUAUCUCAAGAUUCCCCAAGAACCAGAGGAUGGUUCCAUACCUCAUCAGAGAAUUAUGAAGGGAAAAGGAGACAGAAUUGGGAGUUUGUCAACCUCAGCAAGUUCUGAAAGUGAAAGUUCCUCAGAGUCAGAAAGUUCAUCCGAAGAAGUGGCCAUGCAGCUGGCCAACCUAGAGGAGCGGUUGAAAGCUGUCAGUGAUCAGCUGAAGAGACUUAGCCAAGACCCCCUGAUGAAACCAAAGAAAAAAGGAGUUGAAAAGUUGAAAAAGGAAAAAAGAUCUAAAGAAAAAGAUAUUGCUCGACUAAAGCACAAAUCCUCAAAAUACCAAUCUAUUGUAGAAAAAAUCACCAACAGCAAGAGCUCUUCUUUGCCUGGCAACAAACACAAUAUUCAGAGAACACCCAUAAAAUGUGAGGAUGAGGUCCCAUCAACACCAAUGACUUACCAGGAGAAGAAGCAGUUGAAAUUGGACAUUGACAAGCUGCCCGGUGACAAACUGGGCAAGCUGGUGAACAUCAUUCAUGCCAGGGAGUCUUGUCUGCGAGAUUCCACUCUAGAGGACAUUGAGAUUGACUUUGAAAUGCUCAAGCCUUCCACACUGAGAGCUCUUCAGAGGUUUGUUGCAACAUGUCUGAGGAAAUGCCAAAAAAAGCUGAUGAAGCCCACAGAAGGAAUCCAGACUGGGAAACUAAAGGAUGCUGGAAGAUCUGGGGUUGUCAGUAAAGAGCAGCACUUGAUUAAGAAAAAAAAGACAGAAGCUAAAUUCAUGGCGUCUCCUGACCUCAGCUGCAGCAGCAGCAGCUCGUCAUCCAGCUCUGACAGCAGCAGUAGUAGUCAAUCUAGCACUUCUGAGAGCAGUGACUCUGAAACAGUGCCCAAAACAAAGAAGCAGAAAAGUAAAGAAUCUUGCCAAAAGGUUAAGACAAAGUCAAAGGUCCCACGUGCUUCCUGUAAUAAGCAGAUAAAGGAGGCAAACAAUUUGACAAAAGCCUCAGUGGAGACGUCUCAGCCUCCUCCUGCUGUGCAGCCCUCAGCAGCAGAGACUGAAGGCCACCCGCCAUGCCCUAAUGAGGAGCUGACUUUAUCACCUCCAGAUUUGUCUGCCCUUUUAUCGCCCAUGGCAUCUCCAGAAGUUUUGCUGGACUGGGCUGCUGCCAGAUUUGAGCAGGGCCCAGUGCUGUCCCCUCUGAGAGAGAGCCCACUACAGUCGAAAGAUGAGACGAGGCCCAUGAUUAUCCCAGAUUUCAGAUACCCUGAGGAUGUCCUUGACAGCCAGUUGACUGAUGUGCCUUUCUCCAACUCAGCAAGUAAAUCUGCUGAAGAGGAAAAACCCCAAAUUCCCAAAAAGGACAUUGUUCUGAAAAAUGCUGAGUCUUGGGCGAGACUGGUGAGACAGUCAGUCACUCCAGCUACAAUCAAGUCCUCAAAGGAGAGCUUCCAGCAUUUCCGUAAGGCUGCCAUAGAGAAAGAGGAACGAGAAAAAGCACUGAAGAAGAAACAGAUUGAAGAAAACAAGGAGAAGGAGGCUCCAGAAAACAGCAGAAGCUUGAUACCUGAUUUAAAGAGAGCAACUUCUAAGUACCAAGGACAUUCUCCAUCUAGCCUUCCAGGCCCAUGUGAAGCAGAACAAAAUCCACAGCCUAUUAAAGAGGAUGCUGAUUCACCAGAGAGCAUUUGCACAGAGGUUGCCUUAGAUGUGUCCAAAGAUGUCGAGCAGCCAAUGAAGCCAAAGUCUCCCAAGGAAACACGACCUCUAACCACACAGUCCUCAGUAGAUAAGGAAAGGGAGAUGGCCCGCAGAAAGGAACAAGAGCGUCGCAGGCGAGAGGCUAUGUCUGGUAUUGACAUGACUAUGCAGCAGGACAUCAUGACUACAUUUGAGCUUAACCUGGACUAAAAAUGACAUGGGAUUUACUCAAAAAAUGUGUCCUUUUGUGCAAGACUCCUGAUUGUCAUUUCACAAUAGUUAAUUGUGAGGAAAAAAAAAUUAAACAAAGUAUAAAUGUGUCUUGCCCUUAAAUUGUAUUUGAAAUGGUUAGUAAAUGUCUGCACUGAUGCACUCUUGAAUGUGGGAUUAAGGUGAAGCAUGCAUGUUUUUCUGUUCUUUUCACAUUUGGAUGAGUCCACUUACAGCUGACAGGUGUGUAUGACAAGCCAAUUAAUGCAUCCAUACACUGCAGUUAAAAUGCCACACUGUUGUCUUGUUCGCUGAAAUGUGCAGUGUUGUUUUGUUCUUGUGUUUUAGGUUAUUCCAGUUAAUGAACCCUCACCACCAUGCCUCAGUUAAUCCUGACUCAAAAAUAUGUUAAAUGUAGACAAAACACUGGUUACAUGCACAAGUCCUGUGACUGUUUUUUUUUCCUCUCUAAAACAUUUUUAUUAACAAUGUCUUUUUUCUCUUUUUUUUUUUUUUUUUU